AUGGGGAAAGACGAGGAAGAGACGCGGGGUGAAAUCGAGGAGCGGUUGGUAAACGAGGAGUACAAGAUUUGGAAGAAGAACACUCCAUUCCUCUACGACCUGGCGAUUACCCACGCGCUUGAGUGGCCUUCGCUCACGGUAGAGUGGCUGCCGGAGCUGGAGGAGCCGCCGGGAAAGGAUUACUCGGUUCAGAAGAUGAUACUGGGGACCCAUACAUCGGAUGAUGAGCCUAAUCACCUUAUGCUGGCCGAGGUCCAGCUCCCCCUUGAGGAUGCUGAAAACGAUUCCCGUCAAUACGACGAUGAUCGGUCGGAAUUUGGGGGAGCAGGAUGCACCAACGGCAAGGUGCAAAUUAUACAGCAGAUAUAUCAUGAAGGAGAAGUCAACCGGGCUCGUAAUAAGCCACAAAACCCUUUUUUUAUUGCCACUAAGACAGAUAGUGCAGAAGUCAAACAUCCGUCUAAGCCUCCUUUGGAUGGUCCAUGCAGCCCUGAUUUGAGGCUGACGGGCCACAUUUCUGAAGGGUAUGGUUUAUCUUGGAGUCCGUUCAAGCAAGGUCAUUUGUUGAGUGGUUCUGACGAUCACCAAAUAUGCUUGUGGGACAUUAGUGCAACUCCGAAGGACGACGCUCUAGAUGCAAUGCAAAUUUUUAAGAUCCAUGAAGGUGUUGUAGAGGAUGUUGCAUGGCAUCUCAGGCAUGAAUACUUGUUUGGUUCGGUUGGGGAUGACCAGUAUCUGCACAUAUGGGAUCUCCGCACUUCAUCAGUCAAUAAACCUAUUCAAUCUGUAGUUGCUCAUCAAAGUGAGGUAAACUGUUUAGCUUUCAAUGCAUUGAACGAGUGGGUUUUAGCAACAGGUUCUACUGACAAGACUGUUAAAUUAUUUGAUCUUCGAAAGAUUUCUUCUGCGCUCCAUACCUUUGACUGUCACAAAGAGGCGGUUUUCCAGGUUGGAUGGCAUCCAAAGAAUGAGACUAUCUUAGCUUCUUGUUGUCUUGGUAGGAGGCUCAUGGUGUGGGAUCUUAGCAGGAUUGAUGAAAAACAAACACCAGAGGAUUCUGAAGAAGGGCCACCAGAGUUGCUUUUUAUUCACGGUGGUCACACAAGCAAAGUGUCUGAUUUCUCGUGGAAUCCAUGUGAAGAUUGGGUUAUUGCUAGUGUCGCUGAGGAUAACGUAUUACAAAUAUGGAAGAUGGCGGAGAACAUCUACCACGACGAAGAUGAUGUACCUGGAGAUGACUUAAGUAAAGGUUCGUAG